AGGAGGUGGAGGAGGAGGCGGCUCGGGGAGAGCGAGCAGCGAGCUGGACCGCGGAGCGUGAGUGAGGGAGCCGAGCCGCCUGCCCGCCGCCGCCGCCUCCCCUCCGUAAGCAGGAGCCCGGGCCGGGGCCCGGCACGCCGCCCCAGCCCCUCCCUCGUCGUCAGGCCGCGAGGGCAGCGCGCGCGAGCCGGGGGGAGGGAGAGCGAGCGAGCGAGCGCCGGGAGGAGGCGGCCGGACCGAGCGAGCGCCCGCGCGUGUGGCGUGAGGGGAAGCCGCUGCCCGCCCCCUUCGCCUUCCCUUCUCUCCCCCUCCCCGCUCCCCCCCCGACCGCGGAGCAGCACCAUGUCGGCGCCGGCGGCCAAAGUCAGUAAAAAGGAGCUCAACUCCAACCACGACGGGGCCGACGAGACCUCAGAAAAAGAACAGCAAGAAGCAAUUGAACAUAUUGAUGAAGUACAAAAUGAAAUAGACAGACUUAAUGAACAAGCCAGUGAGGAGAUUUUGAAAGUAGAACAGAAAUAUAACAAACUCCGCCAACCAUUUUUUCAGAAGAGGUCGGAAUUGAUCGCCAAAAUCCCCAAUUUUUGGGUAACAACAUUUGUCAACCAUCCACAAGUGUCUGCACUGCUUGGGGAGGAGGAUGAAGAGGCGCUGCAUUAUUUGACAAGAGUCGAAGUGACAGAAUUUGAAGAUAUUAAAUCAGGUUACAGAAUAGAUUUUUAUUUUGAUGAAAACCCUUACUUCGAAAAUAAAGUUCUCUCCAAAGAAUUUCAUCUGAAUGAGAGUGGUGAUCCAUCGUCAAAGUCCACUGAAAUCAAAUGGAAAUCUGGAAAGGAUUUGACGAAACGUUCAAGUCAAACGCAGAAUAAAGCCAGCAGGAAGAGACAGCACGAGGAACCAGAGAGCUUCUUCACCUGGUUUACUGACCAUUCUGAUGCAGGUGCAGAUGAGUUAGGAGAGGUCAUCAAAGAUGAUAUUUGGCCAAAUCCGUUACAGUACUACUUGGUUCCUGAUAUGGAUGAUGAAGAAGGAGAAGGAGAAGAAGAUGAUGAUGAUGAUGAAGAAGAAGAAGGAUUGGAAGAUAUUGAUGAAGAAGGAGAUGAGGAUGAAGGUGAAGAAGAUGAAGAUGAUGAUGAGGGGGAGGAAGGAGAGGAGGAUGAAGGAGAAGAUGACUAAUGGAACACUGAUGGAUUCCAACCUUCCUUUUUUAAUUUUCUCCAGUCCCUGGGAGCAAGUUGCGUCUCUUUUUUUCCCCCCCUCCUCUUGUGCUCAUUCGCCCUGUUUUUUGAAGUCUCUUUUCUCUCCCUUUAUACCAUUGUUCUCAACUUAUUUUGGGGGGAAAUACUUUGAGCAGAAUACAGCGGGAAAAGAAUCUCUACCCCUUUCUGUUCCAAAUUCAUUUUUAUUCCUUCCUGUCUCAACAAAAACUUUAUGGAAUCAACACCACCGUGCUCUGUGGGAAAAAAGAAAAACCUUCUGCUCCCUUAGCUCUGCUGGAAGCUGGAGGGUGCUAGGCCCCUGUGUAGUAGUGCAUAGAAUUCUAGCUUUUUUCCUCCUUUCUCUGUAUAUUGGGCUCAGAGAUUACACUGUGUCUCUAUGUGAAUAUGGACAGUUAGCAUUUACCAACAUGUACCUGUCUACUUUCUCUUGUUUAAAAAAAGAAAAAAAACUUAAAAAAAUGGGGUUAUAGAAGGUCAGCAAAGGGUGGGUUUGAGAUGUUUGGGUGGGUUAAGUGGGCAUUUUGACAACAUGGCUUCUCCUUUGGCAUGUUUAAUUGUGAUGUUUAACGGACAUCCUUGCAGUUUAAGAUGACACUUUUAAAAUAAAACUCUCCUAAUGAUGACUUGAGCCCUGCCACUCGAUGGGAGAAUCAGCAGAACCUGUAGGAUCUUAUUUGGAAUUGACAUUCUCUAUUGUAAUUUUGUUCCUGUUUAUUUUUAAAUUUUCUUUUUGUUUCACUGGAAAGGAAAGAUGCUCAGUUUUAAACGUUAAAAGUGUACAAGUUGCUUUGUUACAAUAAAACUAAAUGUGUACACAAAGGA